AUGGAUUACACAGACAAGCGGCUUCAAGAGGAAGCAAUGAAGCUUCAGUCACACAGCACCGACGCUUUCUUCACCCCCCUCAACAUCAUACUCCUCCUCGUCGUAGUCUACACAAUCUACUCCAUCCUCAGCCCGACCCCGCCUCCGGUGCUCCCGAAAGAGCCGCCCGCGACUGUGUUCCGUGACUUCAACCCCCGUACUCUGCUUCCAUACACAGGCGAGAACGAUAUGCCGGUAUAUUUUGCUGUCCGCGGCCGCGUGUUCGACGUCACAUCUGGCCGCAACUUUUACGGCCCGGGCGGCCCGUACUCCAAUUUUGCGGGCCGCGAUGCCUCCCGUGGCCUGGCUUGCGGUAGUUUCGAUGAAGACAUGCUGACGAAGGACCUGGAUGGCCCACUGGACACUCUGGAGGGCUUGGGCCCGGACGAGAUGGAGGCUUUGCGGGGUUGGGAGGAGCAGUUUGAGAGCAAGUAUCUUGUCGUUGGACGCCUUGUUCCUGUCGGAGAGGAGGACAAGUAA